UACCGUAUCCUAAAAGCCAGAAAGACACCUACAUACAAUUUCAAUUUUGACACUUGCAAUGAUAUCUAAAAUCCUAAUUCUUUCCUUUCAUUUUUGGCAAAUUUGAAGGAGGCUACUAGAACCAACCCCUAUAUAUCUCUGAAAUCGGCGGCGCUUCUCACCCGUGAGCCAGCCCUAGCUCUGAGCAAACGGCGAUUCUCUUCAUCUCUCUCCGCCUUUGCUCGCUCUCUCUCUCCCACUCUCCUCACGCCGAUCUCACGCCGUUUUCCCUUCGUCUCCGAUCUUCCAUCUAGGUUUUAAUUCUUUUGCAGCAUUCCAAUCUCUCUCUUUCGCUCCUCCCGAUUCCCUCGGCUCUCACCUCGCGAUAAGCAUUUUGAUAACUUGUUGCAUUGUACAACGCUAAUUCAGUGGGAGUAACAGAUUUAAAUGGACGACUGGGAGGAUGAGCAAAUUCCACCUCUCCCUUCUAAGGAGCAAUCCAAAAAUAUAUGGGCUGAUGAGGAUGUGGACGAAAAUGAUGUGAAGGAAUCAUGGGAGGAUGAGGAUGAGGAUGAGGAUGAACCUGCAAAGGAACCUCCAACGAAACCAAUUGCUGAAAAGCCCACCAAGAAAGCUGCAGCAAAAGCAGCUGAAAAAGGAAAAGCUGUUGUGGUAGCAGAUGAACCACCACUAGAUCCUGUAGCUGAGAAACUUCGCCAACAAAGACUGGUGGAAGAAGCAGAUUAUAAGUCCACUAAGGAAUUGUUUGGUAAGAGAGGUGAUGAGAAAACACUCGAUAAUUUCAUUCCCAAAUCUGAAAGUGACUUCCUGGAAUAUGCAGAACUCAUUUCUCAUAAACUUAGGGCAUUUGAGAAAAGUUACCAUUAUAUUGCACUACUCAAGGCAGUGAUGAGACUGUCAAUGACAUCGUUGAAAGCAGCAGAUGCAAAAGAAGUUUCAUCUUCCAUCACAGCAAUUACAAAUGAGAAGCUUAAAGCAGAGAAGGAAGCCAAUGCUGGUAAAAAGAAAGGUGCAAAGAAAAAGCAACUUCAUGUCGAUAAGCCUGAUGAUGAUUUUGUUGGUGAUCCCUCCUAUGAUGUUCUUGAUGAUUAUGAUUUCAUGUAAGGUUGGGUGACUUUAGGCGUUUCCAAGGUGGUUAAAAUUGAAGUAGGGACUGAAUAUUUCAACCGGCGUUCUCCUUUCCAGAGAUUGAUAUGAGUGCUAUUGGUUCUAUAGUUUGUAUUUUGACAUUUAAGUGUCUCAAAGUUGCCCUUGUUUUAGAUUCAUUUUUAUGGUUCAAUUUUGUUAGUUGACGAUGGUUGCAUGGCUAGCAUUUGACUGAUUACAAUGUACCUUUAUCUGGUGUAUUCAUUUUCUCAAAACUUAUACAUUUCUCAGACAUGACACUGUUUAUAAUGAAAAGUUACUUGUCCCUGGAAAUACAGGCUCUUUCACCAA